AUGCCGUGUUCAUUUCGAGCUCGUGUAAACGAGCUUUGGUCUAUAUGGUACACUGUAGUAAUGGUACUUCUACAGACUUAUUUAAUUUAUCUUGGUUUCGAACGUUAUCGGUUAUAUUCGGAAAUGAAAUGGCCACAUGGUGCCUAUCCAAACUUUUGGUUAAAUGUUUAUAUUAUAUUGUAUUUCUCAUGCAUACCUGGUUUACUACUGUUUAUGGCAUUUGGAAUAUUCAAAUCUGGCAAUAUUGCUGGCGAUAAUGAUCAACUUGGUGCUCGAAUCGAUCGUGUCAUUGAAAUUACGCGGAGUUCACAUAGAUAUGAAGGAGGAGGAUGUUCAUUUUUGCGAUGCAUCAAAUCACUGUGGCAACAUGCACCACCGUUGCCACAACUUAUUCAUCUAGUAAUGGCGCUUAUUCAAUUAUUCGCCCAACAAGUGAUGUUAUCCCAACUUUAUCGAUACGGUUUCAUCAAUUCCGGUGAUUUUUUGAACACAGAGCUUGAUUUCGUAUAUCAACGUGCCCGACAACUGGCGACAAAUCUACCGAUGCUUAAUAGCCGAUUGCAGGGUUUUCGUAUAUCUGCACAGGAUUUGACUGCUACACCAAUCAGUCCUAAUUUAUUACCAAUAUUGAUGCAUGCUCGUUUGUUUGGAAUACCGCUGGAGUUUGUCAAUUUGCUGAUUGCACUAUUCGUCUAUACGUGUGCUUAUUCAGCAGUUUUCUGGCAUACCAAUAAACCGUUUAGUUUUAUAUUUUCUCUUCAUUUGUUGAUUUAUUCGGCGACGGUUAUUUGGUCUUAUCUCGGGUUUAGUGUUCUUCAUCGCAUACAGGAAACAAACUAUGCUAGUGUCCGACCGGUUGGUCUCGGACAAUAUUUGAUCUCUUCACGUCCCUUAAAAAUUUAUCAUCCAUCCGCAAUUAUUAUCACGUAUGUUACGACAAUUAUGUUUAUUAGUUUUGCACCCAUCGCAUUAUAUAUGUAUGGCUAUAGCAAAUAUUUCAUAAACAUGUCAAAUGUGCGGCAAAAGAGUGCCUUUAGAAGUCAGGCGAGCAGUAUUAGUGGUACGCAGAGUGAAUAUUCAGAAUAUCGUCUCCGAAGUUCAUCCAAGGUGCCACAAGCUAGGUUAUGUUGUGAUGGAUAUGUGUCUCACAUAUUUGCAAUAAUUUUGCUUGUUUUAAUUGUUAUCGCCAAAGCUCCAACCAUAUAUGCGCAUAUGGUUAUCUAUCAGCAUGAAGAAAAGGCGCUAUUGUUAUCUUGCAUCGUUAUUGAUAUUGUUUUUCUGUUUGCCUGGAUUAUUCUUUGGCUCAUACUUACACUUAAAAGAGAUUGGAAUUUCAAAGUUAUUCAUCAAGUGCAUGAAAUUAUUGCUCUUCAGAAUGGGCCUCGGACGAUGGUUGCUUCUCCCACAAAAAUCAUCGAAAAAAAACCAUCCGAACUAAAAAAUGCAUUGGUAUUAAUGCAUGGUGACGAGAUGUAUCUUACGGAUGAUACCAUAGCUAAAAAGUCACUAUUACGGCAAGCACAGAAAAAUGGAAUUGGUACAACAAGCGAAGGUACUUACUGGUUGAAAGGAAACAGUAAACAGUCACCUACAGCGAGAAGGGUUCCAUCAGAAAGAGUGAAAGGAACACCGGAAAUGAAUCGACUACUUGGUACGUCCACAACUCAUCGGCGAAGUAGCGAUGAGAACUCGUCACCCACUAUUGCCUACCAUACGAUUGCUCAUACCAUGCAGCCACAAAUGACCCAUCCAUCGCAGGAACGGAUUAUAAUGAAUGUUCCCAAAUAUUCUAAUGAGGCAAAAGUUUCGGCAAAUGUAACCAUACCCGGGAAUACAUUUGGAACAUUCCAGCGAACUCAAGGAUCGGAGUAUGCAUCCAAUAGUAACCGACAAAUGUUGCAAAAUCCCCAGAAACCAUCACUGCAAAAUUUAAUAAAUGCAUGCAAUGGAAAUAGCACUUCAGACAGCUCACCUUUGACGCAACAGGAGGCAUAUGCUUCAAUUCAUAAAAACGGGACUGGACAGACGGAAACAACAGUGACACGAAGACGUGCUUCCAAAGAUAACGGAGCAAUUAACAAUGGAUUUGGAAAUACUACUCUUCCGUAUGGAGCAUAUGCAACGUAUAGCCGACCGCAGAAUCAGCAAUUGAUGCAACAGGCUGCUGUUCAAGCUGCCCAGGCAGUUCAUGCCAGUCGAAAUAUGGGCACUAUUUGCAACAGAACACAGACUAAUACAUCGCAGAAUAUUGUUAUGGAUAGUGGGCCAAUAUCUUCAGUACUUUCCAUAAGAAGUAGUCCCGUUGCUGAAAAUCGUUUGGAUAUGCGAACAUCUAUUUCUAGCAGGGAACAUUCACCGUAUCAAAGGACUUCCAACCUAAAAUUAUCAUCAUUCAAUAGCGCUACUCCGAUUAUCGAUUCAUAUAAAUUAAUUGGUGCCCAGCAACAUCGGCAGCAACAGCAGCACAGCUCUAGUGCUGGAUUCACCUGGUCACAGCAGCGGCAAACUUCUCAGAUCUCUCGGCCAGUAGAUUGGAAAAAUCCCUCAUAUGACAAGGCUUCAUCGGCAGCUAGUACAAAUCAGCAAGAACAAUGUUUCACGCCAACAUCAACGUUAACUAGUCAAGGAAGUGCAAGUAACUACUCCUCACAAAGAGCACCUACACCAGGAUCGCCCAAUUCACAAAAUAUUUGCAGUGGUGGACGAUUCGUAAGUAGCGAUACAACUGGUACUAUUAGUCUGUACGGCAAUCUUGAACAUGGUACAUCACAUUUAGAGGGUAAUGAUCGAGAUCGAACACUGAGAGCUCAACAGCAACCAACAAAAUCAUUGCGUACCACAGUUGCUACUGGCAACACCUCGACACGGCAUAAGAUUAAGACUAACAUUGGUGGUUCGCUUCAAGAUGACUCAGCUAAUUACAGUUUAACAUCCAGCAAUGAAUCCACAGAAAAUGCUCGUCUCGGUGGACAAACAAAUCGCAUUAUGGAUUCAACUGAAUUUGCGACCAGUAUUGUUUGA